CCCGCCCGCUGACGUCACGCCGCGGUGAAGAUGGCGGCGGGCCCGGGUCGGGAGCUGUGAGCGCCCCGGGCCCGCCAACAUGAGCUGCUCGGCGGACGCCGUGAAGGACAAGCUGCUGUGGAACGUGAAGAAGGAGGUGAAGCAGAUCAUGGAAGAAGCUGUCACCCGGAAAUUUGUACAUGAAGACAGCAGUCACAUCAUCGCCUUAUGUGGUGUGGUGGAGGCGUGUCUCCUGCACAUGCUGAAGCGCCGCGCUGCCGGCUUCCUGCGCACCGACAAGGUGGCCGCGCUCUUCACCAAGGUGGGCAAGACCUGUGCCAUAGCUGGAGACGUGUGCAGGAAGGUGCAGGAGCUGCAGCAGCAGGUGGAGAGCAGGAAAAAUCAGCCAAACGGGCAGGAACCCCUCAAAAGGCAGGGAUCAACCACAAGCAAAACACCUGUCCUGACACCUCAGGCCAUCAAGCACAUCUGGGUUCGGACAGCCUUGAUUGAGAAGGUGCUGGACAAGAUUGUGCAGUACAUUGUUGAUAACUGCAGUAAAUACUAUGAAAAGGAAGCUUUACUGGCAGAUCCUGUUUGUGGCCCAAUACUGGCUUCUCUGCUAGUUGGACCGUGUGCUCUGGAGUACACCAAGCUAAAGACAGCUGACCACUACUGGACAGACCCCUCGGCCGACGAGCUGGUGCAGCGGCACCGGAUCCACGGCGCGCACGGCCGCCAGGACUCGCCCUCCAAGCGCCCGGCCCUGGGAAUCCGCAAGCGCCACUCCAGCGGCAGCGCGUCGGAGGAUCGCUUUGCCGCCUCGGCGCGGGAGUACGUGGAGUCCCUGCACCAGAACUCCCGGACACACCUUCUCUACGGCAAGAACAACGUCCUGGUGCAGCCGAAAGAUGACUUGGAGGCAAUUCCUGGGUAUCUGUCUCUUCAUCAAUCAGCAGAUAAUUUGACAUUAAAAUGGACUCCAAACCAGCUGAUGAAUGGAACCCUUGGAGAUUCAGAACUGGAGAAAAGUGUUUACUGGGACUACGCAUUGAUUGUGCCACUGAGCCAGAUCGUCUGCAUCCACUGCCACCAGCAACCAGAAAGCAGAUGGACCUUGGUGCUGGUGAGUCAGGACGGGACGCAGAGGCCUCCGCUGCACUUCCCCCAAGGGGGGCACCUCCUCGCCUUCCUGUCCUGCCUGGAAAACGGGCUCCUGCCCCGUGGCCAGCUGGAGCCCCCGCUGUGGUCCCAGCAGGGCAAGGGCAAGGUGUUUCCAAAGCUUCGGAAACGGAACAGCAACAAAUCAGUGGAUCUGGAGGAGAUGCCAGCUGAGGACACAUCCACAGACUAUGUCUUCAGAAUUAUUUAUCCUGGACACAAGCAUGAUAACACAGUAACUAUUAACUACCACCACUUAGCUGCCAGCCGCUCUACCUCUGUUGACGAUGAUGAGGAGGAGGAAGAUAAGCUACACGCAAUGCUAUCAAUGAUCUGCUCUCGGAACCUCACAGCUCCUAAUAGGAUGAAAGACACCAGUGAGAUGAUAGAGAUGCAAGGCUUUGGGGCAAACCUGCUGUCGUGGCAGCUGGAGCACUGCAGCCAGGGCUCCUCCUGUAUCUCCUGUUCCAUGGGCAGCUCUCCCUACGACAUUCCCAGCUGCUGUACCUGCAUCCACGACAGAACUCCCCUAAAGAUGUUGUGUGAAAGCAUGAAGAGGCAGAUCAUUUCCAGAGCCUUUUACGGAUGGCUGGCGCACUGCCGGCACCUGUCCACGGUGCGCACGCACCUCUCGGCGCUGGUCAACCACAGCAUCGUGCCCCCCGACAGACCCGCCUGCGCCGCCGCCGGCCUCACCAAGGAGCUCUGGAGCAAGUACCAGAAGGACAGGAAGAACUACAAGGAACUGGAAUUACUAAGAAGAGUCUACUAUGGUGGGGUCCAGCACGAGAUUCGGAAGGAAGUGUGGCCAUUCUUGUUAGGUCACUACAAAUUUGGCAUGGCCAAGAAGGAGAUGGACCAGGUGGACGCAGACAUUGCUCUGAGGUACCAGAAGGUGAUGGCUGAGUGGAAGGCCUGCGAGGUCAUAGUGAAGCAGCGAGAGAAGGAGUCACACUCAGCCACGCUGGCCAAGUUUUCAUCGGGCAGCAGCAUUGACAGCCACGUCCAGCGGCUCAUCCACAGGGACUCCACCAUCAGCAAUGAUGUGUUUGUAUCUGUGGAUGACACGGACUCGGUGGAGCAGGACCCCAAGGGGCAGGAGGACCCCGCGCUGACGGCGCCGGCCCCCGCGGCCGCCGAGUUCGACUCGCCCGACUCGGGGCUGCCCUCCUCCAGGAACUACUCGGUGGCCUCGGGCAUCCUGUCCAGCAUUGACGACGGGCAGAGCGGCUCCUUCGAGGACGGGGCCGAGGAGGAAGGCAGCGCUGAGGGGGGAAGGAGUGGGCAGAGAGCCCAGCCGGGGCUGCUGCAGCCGCAGGACUCCGUCCCCGAGGAGCAGCUGGGCUCCCAGCUGGGCUCCCAGGAUUACCUGCUGGAUGUCGCCUCGGUCUGCGCUGCGUCCUACACAAUAGAGUUAUUGGACACUGUUGCCUUAAAUUUGCACAGAAUUGAUAAAGAUGUCCAGAGAUGUGACCGGAAUUACUGGUAUUUUACUGCUGAGAACCUGGAGAAGCUCCGAAAUGUCAUGUGCAGCUAUGUCUGGGAGCACCUAGAAGUUGGUUAUGUCCAAGGCAUGUGUGACCUCCUGGCUCCUUUGAUGGUUAUUCUUGACAAUGAUCAGCUGGCUUACAGCUGCUUCAGCCACCUGAUGAAGAGGAUGAGCCAGAACUUCCCCAACGGAGGUGCUAUGGACACACACUUUGCCAACAUGCGGUCCCUCAUCCAGAUUCUGGACUCAGAACUUUUUGAAUUGAUGCACCAGAAUGGAGAUUACACUCAUUUUUACUUCUGCUAUCGCUGGUUCCUGCUUGACUUUAAAAGAGAAUUGUUGUACGAGGAUGUAUUUACAGUGUGGGAAGUUAUUUGGGCAGCAAAGCACAUCUCUUCAGAACAUUUUGUCCUUUUCAUUGCCUUAGCACUUGUGGAAGUUUAUCGAGAGAUUAUCCGUGAUAACAACAUGGACUUCACUGAUAUCAUCAAGUUUUUUAAUGAAAUGGCUGAGCACCACGAUGCUGCAGAGAUCCUGAGGAUAGCCAGAGACCUUGUCUACAAAGUGCAGACCCUGAUUGAGAACAAGUGACCACGGACAGGCUGUGCCUGGGGCCUCGCUGUGAGCCACUGGAUGGAGCAUUCCUUGCACUGCAAUUCCAAAUGGUGUUUUAAUUGCAUCUUCCAUGUAAUGUAAUAAAUAGUGAGGAGACAGUAACAGACUUUUAAAUCCCGAACUUUCCCUUCACCAGAUGAGGUUGGUGUUUGAUAGUCCUUGUUACACUGACUUUGUAUUUCUAGACAAAAUCUUUUUGCAUUCUCUAUUUCCCUCUCUAGAAGACAUCUGCCUACAUCUUUGUGAUGUUGAAAGGGGGGAUUUGACAAACUGCAACAUUUCUAUUUUGACUUACUGCACCUGUAAAGCCUGGAUGCACCUUGUGUGCUCUGCCAGAAGCUGCCGUGGAGGCAAGGCUGAGCCCGCUGCUGGAGGCACUGGACUGGGUCCUUGGAGGAGCACGGUCCUGGCCUCGCUGUCUUUGCCUUGAACAUGGAAGAGAAUGUGUCUGAGCUCAUGCUGCUGAAACAUUCGGGUUUGUAUUUAGCAGUGAUUAAAGCUGAUAAGGUUUCUGGCUGGGAGAAUGGCCUUAACCUAAAUGCCACAGUUCAUGGGAGCAGUGAUGAGCUCAAACACCAGUUUGGCCUUGGCUGACUGGCUCUCACUGCUCCCUCUUCAUGGCCCACACAGACCCGCCUUGGUUUUGCUUUACAAACUGACCCUGUGGCCACUCCCUGUGCUGCUCAGGUGAGCAGGUUCAGCCCACAGACAGGACCCUGCUCAGGUGGCAGCUCCUGUCCCUGGGCUCUGCAGGGCCAUGGAUUCCCAUCCCAUGGGAGCAGAUGGCAGUGCCCAGCCUCCCCCAGUGCACACUCCUCCUCCUCCCUGCCCUGCAGAGCUGUCAGGGGUCCCGCAGACACAGACCAGGCUCUGGUCUCACCAGCCCCUGCCAGGUGAAGGAGCUGGAAUUCCUGGGGGGCUCUGAGCUGCUGCUGCAGCCCCUGCUCGGCUGUGGAGCCCUCGGUGUGCCCCAGCCCCCCUGCCCAGCCCUGUGUGUCUCUCUGUUCACUUGAAAACUGGAAAAGUAUUUUUUAAAAGAAUGAGAAGAGUGAGUAAAACCUCCAACUCCCAGAGCCCAGGGAGUGAUGGAUGUACAGAUAAUACUGCACUAUUUUCCUUUGGUAUGUUGGGAAUGUUCUGUACAGCUGUUUCACACAAACCCAAUCUGUGAACUUUGCUGUAUUUGUUAGAACAUUCUGUCUGAUUGGAUUUUAUCAAUGUUGUGUAUUAUUUAUUUUUGUUGAGAGCAGACUAUUCUCUUUAUUGCUCAAUUAUUUAUGUUUAAAUGUAACUUAUGAAUAAAUACUUAUCAUCGAGGCA